CUCGGCGGCCUCUUGUCCCGCCCCCUCUUCUUUCUCCCCGGCUGCCUCCGCCUCUCCCGCCCGCUCCGUCAGCCGCUCGGAUCUCGUCGCAGCCAUUUUACCGUGGAGCGUCAGCGCGGCUGCGACCGGAGGACGCCGAGACAGCGCUUAAAGAGGAGUGCUAACAUGGCUGCUGGCACACAAGGGCCUACGGUUGGCCGGCCGGUGAAGUUCGCCAACGAGGAGCUGAGGGCCGUUCACUCCUGGUCCAGGAUUGCUUCCGCCGGUCACAGUGUCCUCCUGGACGCUCUGAAGAUCCUCAGCCCGAUGUCCCGGGACCUCUCGAGCACAGAAGAAUUGGUUACAUUCUUGCAGGAACUGAGCGAGGAGGGCCACAAACCCACCGUGCUGCGUAGCAAGGACGUGUACGGCUACCGCUCCACCACAAACCAGCUCCUGACCGAAGACAUGCUCAAACCGCCCAACCGGAACGUCAGGCCCACGGCCAAACGGAGGCGGAGGGUUCGAGUCAAGAAAAGAGAGGUUCACCCUUCGUGGAAUAUCUUUGAAAGGGGCAACCCCAGAAUCCACGGGAUCCCGCCCCCUGAGCUACUGAUGGACCAACGCGCCAUCGUCUACAACUGGACGCCUGUUCGGACUUCCGAGAUAACGGAGCCGCCCCCCAUGCAGUCGUGCCUCAGACUGACCAAUAUCAAAGGUCUCUCUGGCUGUCACACGGCCAGGCUCCAGAUCCAAACCACGUGGGACUUACCCUGUCAGACGCCCCCGGCUGUGUUUUUGCCCAAGCAGCCCCCUCCAGCACUUUCAGGAAUACCUUUGCAGCCUUCCCAGAACGGCGGUGGGGCCCCCACCGGAGCCGUGGCCUUGUUCAGCCAGAGGAGCCUGUCCUGUCCCGUCCGCCUGGAUGGCGCCCUCAUCGGAGACUCGGCGCCGGUGUUCUACGCUAACGGCCGGGCGUUCCCACAGACUCACACGGAGCUCAGCAGCAAUGGCUGGAGAGGCAACGGCCUCCACCAGAAUGGACUCGGCCCUAAAGAACUGACUAACCCGACCCGGCAAAGAAACCGUUGGAAAGAUAAGAGGCGUUUGCGAUCGAAAGUCAUAAAGGUCGAUGACUCUCGCUCGGUGGAUGAAGCCCGAUGGAAAGCUCAGAAAAUUUUACAGGUCAACCUGUCCCCCGUCAUCCAGAUCCAUCCCAUCAACCACGUUCUCAGAGACUUCAGAUACCAGAAGAACUGACGGUCCUUCAAGCACACCUUUUUAUUAGUUUAGUGUCUUACAUCCUUCGGUUUCUGCCUGGAUACCAGAUGUCUUUUUGAAAUGUCGCAGAGGAAGAAGCCCAGGUAGGUUUUGAAAGUUCUCUUUCCAUGUUGGCCGCUUGAAAGGCUUUGGAAGUCCGGAUUUGGUUUUCCUAGCUGGCUGGGAAAUCACUUUUCAAAUUUCUGCAUUCUGCUUUCAUUUGACAAAGAUGUUGGCCAAUGUUUUCUCUUCCGUUUUCACUCCGACUGCCAGGGUGACGGCAGUUUUCCGAUGGUCUUAAAAGUUUUCUCAGAAUUUUCUUCCGAGCACCAUUUUUUUUUCAUUAGUAUUCAAAAUUCCAUUGAAGAAUAGCACCGUUUUGGUUUAAAGAUGAAAGUAUUUUUAUUUUUUUUUGUGUGUGUGCAAUGUCCUGCAGCAGUGAGGCCGCUGUGCUUCCUAAAGACCGGGUCUCCAAUAAACCAAGAUCCUAAAUUAUUGGAGAGAAUGAGUUUGUCUUCCUUGAUUUGUUUCGUUGUUAAAGUCUCUGCCUUCAUUUUGGUCAGGCGACUUCAAAGUCCUUCACAAAGUGGUCCUUUUUUUGUUCAUGGGAACGCUAGUAUUGUGGACUCGUAGUCGUGGUCCACAGCGGAUGAAGGGGGGGGGGCCAAACUGGCCAUCAGAUUCUGGUCUAAAUUGUUCAAUUAUUUUGUGUUUUUAAUUUUACAAAUACUUAAAAUUUUUAGCAAAUCUUCCACUUCCCUGUUUUUUUGGGCCUCAAGGCUACUCAACAGUUCAGUUCUUUUGUUAAUGUUGAAUGUGGCGUUUGUGUGAAUGCCUGUUUUUUUUUUUUUUUUUUUUUUUAAGAAGGUGGUGCUCAAAAAUUAAAUAUUAAAAAAAAAAUUAAAUAUUUAGAAACUUCCCUUUGGCCUUUUUCCGUAGAACCGAAAAGUUUGGGAAUAGCAUGUGCUUCAAAAAGGUUUACAGUGUAGCGGAGGUACCCAGCAGUGGGAAAUUUUUUUUAUUUAUGGCGAACCAAAAGAUAAUAAAUCUGCUUCCCAAAUAACUGAGACCAAGAGGUCUAAAAUUGUAUUAUGUGCAUAAAAUGUACAUGAAAUAUACGCCAAUGUCUCGGGAGAACAUGGGAUGGUUUUACCAAAAGCUCCAAACAUGCUCCUGGAGUUCCAAGUUCCAAGCAGCAGAAAAAAAUGAUUUUGAAAUCCAAACACUAAUAUAUUAGCAACAUUUUAUGUCAGCAUUUCUUAGUGUGUGUGUUUUUUUUUUUUUUUAAAGGGAUCAUCAAAUCAAAAGUUUUGUUUUGGAAGAGUCACUGUGUCCUGCUGCCUGUCUUCUAGCUUUGCAGAACCCACCCAGAAUUCUGUUUUUUUUUUUUUAAUUUUUAUAUAUCUUUGUUCAUCUUGUUGGUGACACACUUGUAAAUUUUUCCUACAUGAGCUUUGGAAAAGUUUCUUUGUUGAAUAAAAUGAUCUGAAAAGUAGUGUUUUUUUAUGGUUCCUAACAUUUGUAAAAUAGCAAUAUCAGGAAGUUUUUUGUGUACUUGAGUAAAGUAAAAGUCAGACUCCUGGUACAAUGUUUGAUUUUGUGACCAGCACCUUUGCCUUAGUACCAAUGGGCAAACCAUUCAUAGGAUUUUGUGAAUUUUUAACACUGACGUCCCUCAGGGCUCUCUACUAGACACUUUCUACUUUUCUUCAAACACUACAGUAAAAGUAGGGCCCAUUUUUUUUAACCAUUUACACUUAUUUUACCAGCAUACAGUGUGCUUUUUGGUUAUUAGAUUGAUGAAACACCUCAAGGGUGCGGCUUGGGCACAUCCUCAGUGAAGGACCUAGGGUCCUGCAAUUUUGCGAAUUGAGAAACGGAUAUAGCCUGGCUAACAGGGAUGUUCAUGUAAAUCCAUCAGCCUUUUUUUUAUUUAUUUUUUUAUUUUAAUUUUUUUUUAAUUUUUAAAUUAAAAAAAAAAUCUGAAAUCGACACAAAAAUAUGUAGCAUGAACACUUCAACAUUUCCUAUUUCUCAGCUAGCUGUAGCCCAGCAUGCUGAACAUCACUGCCCCCUGUCGCCCACACUGUAAAACUGUCACUACAGUAAUAUUACUGACAUCUGAUGACCAGAGUGGAAUACUACAUAUCACGUCUUUAAAUGUG